CAAGGGGGAGAAAAAAAGAAAAAAGAAAAGAAAGUUUGAGACGUCAAACACAUCUGCGCGAAGUCAAACUUUUUUUGGACACUGCAGCCGCAACGACUUGUCUGGAAAAGUUUGCGGUUAUUGGUCGUCGUUAUUUUUCGCCUCCUUGCCGCGUCAGAUUCCAAGCGAAGGAGGUGACAUGUUGUGAAAGCCAGAUGAAGUGGCUUUCCUCCCACCGCUAAAGAACAACAACACAGCGGCUCCACAUGUCCACGGAGACCAGCGAGCCUCCCCUCUGGCCAGCGGGGCCAGACAGGAGCCCCCAGCCGGGGACGAGCUCCCCUUUGCUGCCCCUCGCUCACGAUGCCUGUGACUCUGAAGCGUCAGGACCAUCUUCCAGUCAUGUGACCCAGGAGGACCACUGCGAGCCAAUAAAAAGUCAACCUCAGAUUGACAAAGGACGAAAUGGCGUCCGGCUUACCAACCCCGGCACACCCGUCGACCUCAAUGCCAUCCAACCUGGUGCUAGUAGUGCGAGAACAACGUGCAAAUGUUCAUGCCCAAACGCCAUCGGCUCCGGCGCCACGGGAAGCUCCGCCCGCGGCACGAGAGCGGCGACGGCGGAGCCGCUGACCACCAAGGAGCCGUCCACGCCGGUUUCUCAGAGGAUGCAGCGGAAGUUGAGGUCCAGCCUGUCGGUCAAUAGCGAAAGCAGCCGACGCAGCAAAGGAAGCUCUACCGGGUCGCCAAGACUGCCUUUACCAGAAGACUGCUGCGUGCACUGCAUCCUGGCGUGCCUGUUCUGCGAGUUCCUGACGCUUUGCAACCUGGUGGUGGCGCCGGCGUCGUGCGGCCCUUGUGCGUCCGAGUCGUGCUGCUGCUGCUGCUGCAUUGAGGACAUGGGCGACGACUGCAACUGCCCCUGCGACAUGGACUGCGGCAUCAUGGACGCCUGCUGCGAGUCAUCGGACUGUUUGGAAAUCUGCAUGGAGUGCUGCGGCAUCUGCUUCCCCUCGUAGGGAUGCUUUGGCCUCACCUUUUUGGAUAACUGGAGCCUGCAUGGAUAACUGGUUCAGCAAUUGAGGGGGGAGGGGGGGGACUUUUAUUUUUAAUGUGCGAUACCUCCUGACGGUUUGUAGUUUGAUUGUGUACUUUUGAAAAUGCUUACUGACACUGGGUUCCUUCAACAAAAGUAGAAGUAACUCCAGAUUAACUUGUUAUAGAUUUUGGCGAUUUUUCAUGUAAACAGUCUGUAUGUCAUAUGAAUAUAUUUCCAUUAAAUUAAGACUCUUUAGCUCAGUGAUUCUGAAACUGGUUCCCAGACCCCCGGUUUCAGCAAGCGAUAGCUUAGGGGUCUGCAAAAUAAUUAGCAUUAAAUUGUGUAGUAUCAUUAAAAGAAAACAAAAAUAUAUAUACUUACACAUCGCUGGUGUCUGGUGGAAACCACAUCUCCAAAACCAUCACUUUCUCAGGUACCGACCCAAAAAAUAAAAAUAAACUAUACGUUCGUUGAGCCAUUAAAUUUGCGUCGUCAAAGAGAGCAAGUUAUUUUCAACACUUAAGAUAGGUCAAUAGUAUCGAUUUGUGAAAAAAUAUGUAAUUGACCAAAUUUGGACAUGGGUUUCGGCCUGACACCAGUGAUCUGUGGAUGGGCGUGCCAAUAAAAACGUACUAAACCAAUUAGUCCUCCCUAGCUCAGCAUUGGGCCAAUUAAAGCUCAGAUAGGCUUGGUGAUUGUGAGUUAGCUGCACAAUUCUGACAUUCCUGCAUGAAUCAAUAUUUUUUUUUUAAGAUAAAAGGGCUUAUUAGAGGUAAAAUCAAAAGUCACAUUAUGAAAGCAAAAGGCAUACUUUUUUGAGAAUAUAGUCCUGUUUAUUUUCUUAAAGAAUAAGUCCAAACACUAUGAGAAUAAAGUUUGUAUUUUUUUUUUUUUUAAUACAUGUACUUGUUAAACUAUGACUUUCUUACCUCUUUAAACUUUGACUUUAAUAUUCCAAUACAAAUAUAUCUUGGAAAAAUACUUUAUUCUCAUAAGAUUGCUACUUCAAUUCUUGAAAGAAAAAACAAUUCUUUACCAAAACAUUUUUUACUGUAGAAUUUCAACUUAUUUUCAUCAAAGUCAACUUUUCUUGACCCUCUUAUGUUCCGUCUAUUGCUCCCUCCGUACGAAAACACAAUAAAAUAUGACCUCUCAGUUUUAUGCACACAAAUCUACUGUCGUGCUGCACAGGAAUUUUAGGAAGGCGUUGAUCAGGAAUUAGAAAAUCCGAAACCCUAGUUGCCAUGUCAGCGCCGUUGCUCGGUCUUGACCCGCAACAAGGCAAUCGUUAACUGUUGCAUUGCUUUGGUAAACUAAUGAGGCUAGAGAUACUUUGUGGUGAAUUUUCGAGCGCUUGCUUUGAUGCUCUUUCAGGGACGCUUGCUCGUUACUGGCCCUCAUUAGCACCACUUGCUAACCGGUAGCAAAUUGUCACUUGCUAAUGUCAACAAAGAUAUUGUGCCAUCGUGUGCAGGUCAUCACUGCAAUGUGGAGAGACUCAAGUAUAGAUGUAACUUUUCUACAAAAUUCCCUUGAAUUUACUUUUUCUUCAAUCAUUUAGUUCAUUUUGCUCAACUUGAAGUGUUGGGAAAACAACAAUGUGAAGAUCUUGUAUUGAUAAGAAAUAAGCCAGUAGCUAAAGAAAUACUUUAUUUUAAUACUCCAAUUUUCAAGCUUUGCAAUUUUGUGUUAAUGCAUUUUUUUAUUCCUGUAAGUUGCUCAUGUGUUUGGUGUUGUACACCAUUUCAGAAUGUAAAUUAGAAAAUUUUGCGAAUUGUUGGUUAAUGGGUGUUGGAAUGACAACAAAUCACUGGCUUUGCUCUCGCUUGUUGGAAAGGAACAUCCAGUUCUGUUCAUUUAAACAAUACUUUAGGAAAUAGUACCCUCAGUGACCUUCAGCCGACACCACCCCGUUGACCCUUCAUUUAACAUGGACUCCUUUUUCAUUUUCUGUCUGGAUUCAUUCAGGCGGCUGGAAUUUCUUAUCAUAAAAAACUAACAGAAGUUCUGCAAUCAGUUCUUCCACUUUAUUCCACAAUCAGUGAAAAAAAAAGGGGGGGGGGGGAUAAAAAAAUUGCUUCAGGUCAUGUGGGUGUGUGUUGACCUUUUCACAAAGUCGCCCACCUUUUCACUCCUUGCAAUCAAUCCUUCUCUGAUCGUCCGCCCUGGUUGUAAUGCGACAAUUAGAACGGGCUCCUUUGUUUCCGUUUGCUGUCAAGGGGUGACAAAAAUAAUCACCUGUCUGAUGCCAAAGUAAUUUCUCAUUCUACAAUAUGAAAUAAAUGACUUUCCAGCCAUUCUUUCCUUCUCAUUUUCAAUAAAGAAAUGAUUCUCCUGCUUUUGGCCGUGAAAACAAAUAGCUGUUGCUUUUUACUUAUAAUUACACAUAACAAGACUAAUUGGGACAAGAAGAGGUGGCAGUGAGGCUUUUUUUGUAUGUGCAUUAUUUCCUAAUGGAACAUUCUUUUUGAUAUAAAUACAAGCAAAAUAAUUUUUUCCAUCCCCAGCAGUUGUCCGUGAAUGCAUAAUAGCCAUCGUUACCCGUUUGCCAUUAAAGGUAAUCAUCGCAACGCAUCUCAGCACACGUGCGAAAAGUAAAUAUGAAAGCCUGGCAUUCAUGAUGAAUGUUCUUUGAAUCACGUACCGUCUUUUCCCGACCAUAAGGCACGGCGUGUUAAAAGGCGCAGUCUCAGUUAAGGGGUCUAUUUCUGUAUUUAACACAUACAUAAGGCGCACCGGAUUAUUGGGCGCAGGCAUGGUAAAACAUACGCUAGCUUAAAACAUACGGUAGCAUGCAUGCACGCCAAAACAAUGUUUUUAAAAA